UAUCGAGAAUGCCCAGUUUCGCCUUUUUUUGUCUUUCACUUUUAGUUUUGUCACAUCCUUUAGGUUAUCUACUAUUUAGUUUUUGGAGUAUCUAUUGUAUUUUUUUGUAUUUAGAUUCUGUUUUUGCUGGAACUAUGGCUUUAAUGGCAAAUUUAAAAUUAAGUACUCUUCGGCCUAUUGUUAAUCAUCCACAUUAUGAAAAUGAAGAAAUUAGAAGACGUACUCUUCGUGUUUAUUCUCUUUAUAGUAGAAAAUCUGUUGAAGAAGUUUAUUUUGAUUUAAAGAAAAUGGGUGUUCAAUUUUAUGUAUUUCAACCACAACAAUGUUUACAAAAACACCCAAAGAAAGAAUGUAGUUAUUUGGCUAUGUGGGAUUUACAAGACCCCAAAAAUAGAUUAUGGAAUGGCAUAAUAAAUUCUAAUCAAUCUCUUUUGGGUUCUUUUUUGCCAGUUUAUAUUUCGGAAAGUUAUGUUGUUUUGAAAAUUGAAAAAUGA